CGCCGGGGAUGCCGCCGCCCGCCGGGCCCUGAGCGCCGGGACGCCGGCGGCCGCCGGCCCCGCUCCGCGCCCGCCCCGACCCCGACUUCGCCGGGAAGAUGCAGGCUGUGGAGGCCAGCACCCUUCAGCAGGAGCGGCUGCAGGCCAUCGCGGAGAAGCGGAAACGUCAGACGGAGAUUGAGAACAAAAGGCGGCAGCUUGAGGAUGACAGGCGGCAGCUCCAACACCUCAAGUCCAAGGCGCUGCGGGAGAGAUGGCUGCUGGAGGGAGCCCCAGCCUCCGGCUCUGAGGAGGAUGAGGCCAUGAAGAAGCAGAUGCAGGAAGAUGAGGUGAAGACCAAGGAGCUGGAGGAAACCAUCCAGAGGCUGGAGAAGGAGCUGGAGAUGCUGGAGAAUGGCAGCUCAGCAGCUUCCACCAAGGAGAACCUGGCAGAGGCAGCAGUGCCAGCCAAGGAGGAAAAGGCUGAGGCUGUCCCCAACACACAGAAGAGUCCCCUGGGCACAGUCAAGGCUGAGAAGAAGGUCUCCAGCAGCCCCAUGAAGGUGAUGGAGGGCACUGAUAUGCUGAAGGCAGCCAUGUACUCAGUGGAGAUCACAGUGGAGAAGGACAGAGUGACUGGGGAGACCAAGGUCCUGUCUAGCACCACGCUGCUCCCCCAGACCCACUGUCCACAAGGGGUCAAAGUGUACGAGGAUGAGCUGAAAGUGGUGCACGCUGUGAGCGCCGAGGACGGGGCCCUGCAGAAUGGAGCCCACCCCCUCAGCUCCUCCGAGGUCGACGAGCUCCUGCACAAGGCAGAUGAGGCCACCCUGAGUGAAGCCACCAGGCGCGAGACCCCGGCCAAGGCCGGCAAGGAGCCUGGCAGUGCCCCGGCCAGCCAGAAGGCAACACCACGGCGGGAGAUAACAGGGCUGCAAACCACGGCACGGGAAAGCACCACGGCUCUGCCGCCGGGAGAGGGGACAGAGCCAAGCCGGGAGCAGCCAGUCACCAUGAUCUUCAUGGGCUACCAGAAUGUGGAGGACGAGGAUGAGACCAAGAAGGUGCUGGGGCUGGAGGGCACCAUCAAGGCUGAGCUGGUGGUGAUAGAGGAUGCCGAGAGCAAGCCGGAGCCGGCGCGGAAGGACCACGCUCCGCCCAACGGCACUGCCCUGGAGCCCGCGGCCGCCCAGGCGCUGGGGGAGGAGAGCCCGGGGGGGCAGAAACCGGGCGGCAACGCCGCGGACGCCAAGGAGGCCGAGCAGGAGGCGGAUGCGAAGAAGCAGCGCUGCAAGUGCUGCACGGUGAUGUGAGCCCCACCGGCUGCCCCCGCCGAGCCCCCUCCGCCCCGGCCCCCGCUAGCCAGGCCCACCGCCCCGGCACGCCGGGCUCCCUCCCCCGCCGGACACGGACCCUCAUUCUGCAGAACCGGGGAGAUCCAACACGGCCGCAGGCAGCAGCAAACUGCUGCCCCGCUCACCCCAUCUGCCCGACCCCCACACCGCACCCCACCAGCGCUGCCUGUCAUAUUUAUUAGAGACUCCCUCGCCCCACGGCGUGAACGCCCCGCCCUGUGCCGGAGCCUCCCGCCACCGACGCCGGAGCCUUUCCCUCCUCUCACCAGCAGUUUCGCACCCAUCGUUGGAGGACGGAGCCGGCCCGGCCACGGGAUCGGAGGACACUGCUGUGUCCGUAGAUGACUCCCGGGGUGCCAGUGGUCAGUGGGACCCGUGCUUGGCCCAGCCUGUAGCAGGCACGGAGCCAGCCCCACUCCAGCCCCUCUCCACACCUCCAUCCUCUGCUUCUCCUGUGGGGAAGGGCCCUGGGCUGUCCCCCCCCGGCUGCCCACGGACAUCCCUGCUCCAUCCUGCAUCCUCAUCCCCGUGUCCCCAGGGUCCCCUAGCUGUGAGUCCCUCGUGUUGGGGCGAGGGAAGGGCGUCCAGGGCAGCAUCCCCUCCUCGGUGCUCGGCUGCCAUCGGGAGCUCGCAGGGGCCACAUGCCACACGUGGCUGCCAUGGGGCUGGCCCCAGCCUGUCCCCAGGGCUCCGGCCUGGAGACCCUGCCCAGCUCCAGCGUACUCGGCUCCCCGUGUGGGAUCCACUGCCGAGGCUCCGAUGCCGGUGACUGCCACAGGCUCUGGCACGGCUGUUCCUCCUCUCGGCUGCUGCAACGGUGUCGCGGGGCUCUGCCAGUCAAGGGGGCUGAGUGUGGCUGGGCCGGGUGUCCCUGUCCUCCUGGGGCCACGUGGGUGGCAACGGCAGCAAGGAAAGAGGAGCAUGGGGAGCAGGAUUAGGACCCUGUGCCUCCCAGCACUGCAUCCCCUGCAGCACCAGCUUUGCAGAACUGCUUUCUAGGACCCCGGGCUGCAGCACCAGAUCCCUGAGGUGAACGGGGCUGCCCAGUUCACCCCAGCACCGGGGCCAGGAGCUGCUGGGGGUGCAGUGGCCCAGGGAGGGCGUCCCUGGGAUGCUGUGUCAGUGCUGUUCCCCUGCUUCCUGCCCUGUGCCCCAGCCCUUCAGCAGGGUUUUCACCACCAGCACCAGCGUUUCAUCCCCACUGAGACCUGCUGGGGCAGGGGGAGAGCAGGGGUCCCUUGGUGGCACCCAUGGGUGCUGGGCCCUGGGCAUGGGACCAAACCCUGGGCACUUCUGCCACAUCAGCUGGCACAUCUGGUGGCUGCUGGGAACACAGCUCCUGCUGAGCCCCCUCCCUGCCUUGUGGGUCUGGAGGCACAGUCCUGCCCUGCCCCAGCACAGGGGCUGCUACUGAGGGGGUGUGUGGGGGGGUUCCACUACUCACCCAAAUAUGCUGGGGCUCAGAGCCCCCCGUGCCAAUCCUGGGCCAGCCAGCACCAAGUUCCUUAUCUGAGCAUGGCCGUGUGAGUCCCCCAGGAUCCCAGAGCCCUCAAUGCAGCCCGUGUAGAGCAGCCAGGGAUGGGGUUUGGCCCCUCCAUGGCCCUCCAUCCCUCCCCACCCCCUUCGUGUGAGCUGUGACCCCUCUGUGAUAUCCCAGCUGCCCCCCGUUACCACCUGGGCUACAUUUCUGCCCCCAGUGGAGUCACUGCAGGGAUUAGGGAGGGGACAGGGCUGUGGGGGGCUGUACGGGGCUGGUGGUGCUGCUGUACCAGACUCCCGGGGGGAUCUCUGCCCCCAGCCCCGGCCGGCACUGAAAUCCUCUGGGAGAGGCAGAGAUGGGGAAGGGGCUUAGACCCCCGGGGAAGGGGGAGCAUCCCCUGCCCCCCCCGCAGAUGGCAUCGCUGGAGCCCCGCCGCUGCAGGGCCACAGACGGGGGGGGCUGGACGCUGCGGGGCACCUGCCCCAUCGAUCCUGGGGGCCCGGGAUAGGGCGAGGGGAUGCUCUUGCCGCCUCCACCCCCUCGCUGGGGGUCAGCACCCCUCGUCCCAUCCUGCCCCGGGUCCCAUAGUCCCGCCGAGCCGGGCCCCCCUCCCACCUCCUGGCCCUCGGUUGGCUUAGGACCAACCCCUCCGGCCCCGCGGCGGCGGGAGCAGGAUCGGGCCCCCGGGGCGGCGAGGGCUGAGCAGCAGCAGCGGAGGAGCCCGGCGUGCCCCAGCCCCGUCCCGGCAGCCCCCGCCCGGCCCCGCUGAAGUGCACUUCCCGCUCCCGAGCUUCUCACUUGUGCCGAAGCCGUCUGAAGUUUUUUCCCCUCCCACCCUCUGCCCCGCCCCGUUGUUUGUAAGACCCGAACCGAGCAAAUAAACUGUGUGACCGACCA